UCUGUGACGUCAGAAGCACGGAGCGCUGCGCCGAAUGACACAUGGGGGCAACAACAUUCGCGUGUUGGCGGCCAGGGGUAGCUGCAGAAAACCGCCUCAUUGUUCCGUUCUAGGACACCCAGAAACGAACGGAUGGUACCCAAAUGUAGAGAAAGAUCCGCUUUCUCGUGCUGGCCACUCGCUGUGCGUUAAUUAUGCCCAGGGAAGUCAGGAACUUGACCACACCCAGUCGUCUGCUUCAGUCUCUGACCUACAUCGCGUGAGCGUGUGUCGGCGGAUACUGCCCCGCGCUUACACACCGUUAGUGCACACAAGGGAGAAAGAAACUUUUCAACGGUGAGAUCUCGCACUGUUUCGUGGAGUGUGGGAAUCAGGAGCAUUCUUUUGCUGAAAUAAACUUUCGUUUUCUUCAGUCGGUUGUGAAGGAACUUCACCGCCUUGUCUGAGUACAUUUGGGACCUGACACAGCAGCACACAGGAAGAAGGUAAGAAGGAAUCUUCUAGUGUGUCUGAAAUCUAGUCUAACGACUGUGUCGCAGUAUUUAAAAAAAAAUAAAAAUUCGUGCUUCAGUUAAUAUGAUAGAAGAAAGAAGCUAACACCUCACACUGGGUUGCCUCACAGUUUCUAGGUCGGUAGGACUUCCUGCCAAGUCAGCUGAAGGCGAUGUGUCUGUUGAUGUGUGGUGGGGGUCUUGUCUUCAACGAAUCAUGUGUACUGCAAGCUGGGGUUGGAGUGUGUAAUGUGUUCCUUACAUGUACAGUGUGAGUAUCCGUAGAAAUUCUUCCUGUUUUGAAUAACCAGGGAGCAGUGAAAAGUUAGCAUAUAAGUGAAUAAAUUUGAAGAAAAAAAAACCGACGAAAACUUCUUACAAGGAAGGGUAUGAAUGAAAAAUUAAUGCCCUAGGAUGUGAGACUAACGGUUGAGGCUGCAGUCAGCGAAGGGUGGGAUGCCGAAGAGACAGUCGUUGUGGGAGGGUUCGGCGUCUGCUACCCAGACUGUCACCAAAACACCAUCGAUCAGAGUCGGGUGCAACGAGGACGGACUGUUCGUCUGCGCGAUCGUUUGUGAAUCCGUUGGUGGCGACAAGUUUGCCGGCUGUUGUGUCCGCGGUGGCGCAGAGGGCAGGGGCGAGCGGGAGCUGGAGAUAAGCGAAGAACGUGUCCUUGAGAAGGUGUUUGGCAGGAGUCGCCGCCGCCGUCAUGAGUUCUGUUGACUCCCCGUUCUGUCCUUGCUGCCUUCAUCGCCACAACAACGACAGUACCGCAAGGACAACGACGACAACGCUGCUGCCGAAGUCUGCUGCCGCGACCGCACUGACUGUACCGCCUGCAACGCUUUGCUCUGUUUUGUACUAUGCCGCCCCCUCCCCAUAUGACGACGCCAUUGUCUGUACUACUACUACUAUUACUGCAGCCACAACCGCUAGUCACAUCGUUUCGAAUCGGACAUCAACCGCGACGACCACACCGGCAUCUGCGACUACGACCGCCAACCCGUUCUGCGAGCGGCCGCCUCUUCUGAAGGCCCUAUCCUAUAAUGUGUGUGGAUGCCUACAGGCCGAGUCCAAGCAGUGUGCUUUGUGUAGCAACGUCUCUGGUCCCAGAGAGAUCAGUCUCCACCAUCACCGCAGCCUCCUCCUCCACCACCACCACCACCAUCACCACCACCACAACCACCACCACCUUCUCCACCAAGAACUACAGCAACAAUUACAGCAGCAUCUUCCUCAGACGCCUGUGCCAAAGAAGGCGAGGAGGACAGACUCAGGGUGUCGGGUGGCUGUUUCUCAUCUUCCUCACCCUCUUGUUGACACCUUCACCCGUACUUACGCUGCACUUGUACCCGUUUAAUAGCACCAACGGAGACAGCGCCACAGAGCGGACUGAUGACGGAGGGUCUGGAAAGAUUAAUCUGGCCCAGCCAUUCCCGUUCUUUGGCAAGCAUCAUGACAAAAUUUUUGUGAACAACAACGGCGCGAUAACUUUUUUCAACGACCUUCGUACUUACAGACCGGAGAACUUUCCUCUCAACAACACCCCAAUUAUCGCCCCUUACUGGGCAGACGUGGAUGUUCUGGUAGGAGGGACAGUGUGGUACCGCCAGACCGUGGACGCCGCCAUCUUGCGCCUGGCCGAGAACGAGGUGCGCAACUACUCGUCGGCGUUCCGGAAGUUCCGGGCCAACUGGGCCUUCAUCGCCACGUGGGACCGAGUGGGAUUUUACGGCGCCAUCAACGAAGGCAGGGAGCGACGCAACACCUUCCAGGCCGUGCUGGUGUCCGACGGUGCCUUGUCCUUCGUCAUCCUCAACUACGACACCAUCGAGUGGACGACCGGCUCCAACAGCCAGGGCACACCGGAAACUGGGCUGGGGGGAAACCCAGCACAGGUAGGGCACCAGGCGGGGUUCAACGCAGGCGACGGGGUCAACUUCUACGAAAUAGAGGGCGCUCGCACAGAGAGUGUCAUCAACCUGACCCGGAAGAGUAACGUUGACAUCCCGGGCAAGUUUAUUUUUCGCACCGAUGCCCCGGAAAUUGAGGGCUUCUGCUCAGCUGCAGGUUCGGGAACACUCUACUUUUCUCCGUCGUCAGGCAGCAUGCUAGGCGGGUACGAGGUGUCCAUCACGGGGCCCUGCUUCAACACGACCAGCGAGGUCACGGGGUUACUCGUCGAGUCCAACUCUACGCUGCCGUGCGUAAUCGAGAGCGAGGCUAAAGUUCGCUGUAUCAUGCCCACCGACGUGUUCCUGGUCGGGCAAGUGACAGUGGCGCUCGUUGUCGAUCAGCGCCUGUGGAACUACUCAGGGACCUUUACUCUAGUCAACGCAGCUCAGCUGACCCUGGCUCCUCAGGUGAGGCGGCACACCCCGAAGGAAUGGCUUGCCCGUAAGAAGGUCAACGUGACCUGGAACCCUAGUCAUCUCCCUUCCAGCGAGCAGGUUCUCGUGGAGGUUAGGGCGUUCUCGCUUGAAGAUGGUCAGCCCAAGCUCAGUCGUGUCGGGGAGACCCUGACAGUCGCCAACAACGGGGGAGAACUCUCUAUGACCAUACCGGUCUUUGACACCACGGCGCUGGCCGUCAUACAGAUCAAGGCCCCGCACUCAACCAUCAAUCGGGUCCCACUUGUCCAUCUGGUCCGACAUUUUCCCAGUUCGAUGGAGCAACGCCUCGCGGUCAGAUGGUUGGUGCUCUGGCUGGCUGGAUGGGGAGAGAAAGAAAGCGAGUUAACCAGCCUGACGGCCUGCCCCUGCACUCUCAACCAGGCGGAGAGGGACCUGGGCAGGUGGCAGGUCGAUCCCUUGUGUUCUUCUGCCUCCAGCGCCGCGCAUAACUGCCUGUACCGGGGCAGCAACACCUACGAGUGUCUCGUCCCCAUCACUACUGGAGGCAGGGCGUCGUCGAGUCAGGUGUGUUGUUAUGGAAAAGACAGAGAACUUCUGGACGUGAGGGAGGGAGGUGGAGGCAGCAUGGUAGAGAGGUACAACUAUAGACUGCAGGGUAACAAUACAGUGGCAUGGUUUUCGUACCUCUUGGAGGACGUGGUACCCUUUCUGCACUGCUGUGAAUACGGCACCAGUCGCAGCCACUGUGAAGGAUUUCGGCGUGUUCGGGCACCUGUGUCGUGCCAAGACUACAUCCCACCUGUGGCAGCACAAGCAGCCGGUGACCCACAUCUGGUGACUCUGGACAACCUUAGCUACACCUUCAACGGCGAGGGUGACUUUGUGCUGCUACAGGACAUCAGCGGCAGAAUAGUGGUGCACGUGCAAGCUAGCAGGGCGCAGGACACGGAAGGCAAUACCCAGAACGCCACAGUGUUCACGGCCGUUGCCAUGGCGGUUGACAACGAGACGGACGUGGUGGAGAUAAGGAAGGACCAGGAAGACUUUGUGUUGGUUCGCGUCAACCGGCAAGAGGUGGACAUCACAGACCCGCGGACAGAGUUCAGAGGAAUAACAAUCUACAAGAAUGGAACAGACAACGACACUGUAGAACUGACGGUUGUCAUGGACACAGUUGGCAUCUCCGUGCUUGUGUCUGUGACGGAAGACUUGCUGAACAUCAUGGUGCUUGUUAGUUCCAGGGAACUGCAAGGUAAACUACGCGGUCUCCUUGGCAACAACAACAACAACAAAUCGGAUGACUUCAUGGCGCGCAAUGGGGACAUCAUCUCAGCCAGUUCCAGUAUGCGAGAAAUCCACUUCCUGUUUGGAAUGACCUGGCUGCUGAACGAGAACGAGACUCUGCUCUAUCAUCCGGACACGUCACUACUCAGCUCUUCCUCAGCCCCCACCCUCCGAAACGAGUUCGUUCCGGUCUUCAUCAACAGCCUCAGCAACGACACCUACCGAAACGGCACGGAGGAGCUGUGCCAGGGAAACAUCCAGUGCAUCUACGACUACCAGCUGACGGGCAAGGAGUCCAUAGCGGAGUCCACCAAGCAGUUUAACGCUCGCUUCAUGCAGGUCGUCAGUGAGAUAGAACCUGUCGUGCGCUGCCCUUACGUGGACCAGAUCUCCAACGGCAACCGGACCUUGAACGGACAAAAAGUGGGAAGCAUCGCCUUCUUCUCUUGCGAUGACAAGUACCAGGCCAACGGCAGCAUCGCCCUCGAGUGCCUGGCCAGUGGCAGCUGGAACGACUCACUGCCCACGUGUCAGAGAGUGCCUUUGUCGACUGAUAAUCCCGCGCUUCUGUACGCGGGCAUAAUCGGUGGCGUGGGGUCUUUCUUCCUGCUGCUGGUAACCGUAGGACUGGUCUGCCUUAUCAAGCGACGCUGUACCUCCCGCAAGAGAAAACCAGACCAGACGUCUGUCGGAGAGCUGAGUGUAGAGCUGCCAGUCAUCUUUACUGGUCCUGACAUCCCAAACCCUGUGUUCGAGAAUCCGCAUUUUCUGUCAAGUCUUCAGAACCUCAGGAGCGAAGGCGGCAGAUUUCAGAUUCCAAGGCCUCGAUUUGUCGACCCCAACAUUUACACCGAAUACUUUUGAGUCCUGUCUUGUGAAGACCAUGAGUUGUGUGACAGCCAAUCGGUUUCAGUUUCGCAGCCCUCAAGGCGGUGGAAGGGGGAAUAACCUCUCCUUCCUCGCAAGAGCUACAGGUCAAGCUCGGAGGGGCGCUCAAGAAGGAAACACGAUUGCACGACAUCGUGCCCGAGGAAUUAUUCCCACAUCCUGCAAUAUCGCACUUACUGGCACGGCACUGCGAAGGAAACUGUCAGCAGAUGGAUGCGGAGGAUGUUGGCAGUCGCUAUCGUCGGAUCAAGCAAUGCUUAAGAUGACGGCGGCCCGUCCGCACGAGUCGUCUGAAGGGGCGCUGCUGUGUGCGGUCACGUGGGAUAAGAGAUUUAAAAAGAAGAAACCAAGAGAACUGGAAUACAUGAAACAGAAAAAAAUUAUCGACAUAACCUUACUGGAAAAGCAUCGGUAGUCAGUGGUUCCUGUUAACUGACCAACUGUUUGAACAAAUUCUUACACGUCUCCUACAGAAACCUAAACAGUGCAUGUGAACAGGUUUCCUGAAGUAAUGUAUGCACAACAUUUCCUGAACCGUUCAACGUGGCAUCUUUGGCAACUUUGAUAACAAUGGCUUUUAAAAGUCGUGUGUAAGAUGUGGCAAGAAUUUUGUUUUUUUGAGGAAUCUCUUCAAUCAGAAGUUGUGCGUUCUCGCCGGACAGCCUCGAUGGUAACAACAGGCGACCUCGGCGAGACCAAACUCAAGAACAGAGAAAGGGACACCGGGCUCCGUGCCAGGGCCCGGCUCUUAGGUCUUGUGCUGUAGACGUGACGCCGAGUGCUGCGGCCUCAGUCAUCGAGUAUGAGGCCGUCGUGUCGUCGGUGCAACGCUGGUGGUGGGUUGUUGCGCUGGUGGUGGUGCAGGGGAGACAAGUUUUAGCGGACGACUGUGUCGUUCUGACGGUGUCGCGCGGAGACUGACAUUUAUUCUGUGGAACUUCAGGUGGUGGUUACACGGAACUCUCAGAAGGAGCAAUAAUUCUUUUUUUGUUUCUGUCUCGAACUCGAAGUCAUAGUGAUAAAUACACUGUAUAGGUGUUUGUGCGCGCGCGCAUGUGUGUAUGUGAGUUCAAGAGGGAGACAGACACGUUUUGUCUAAUAUGGAUUGUAUUUUUUUCAGCGUGUGUUCAUUACAGACUUUGGGUUGGUUUUCUUUAGCCCUUUUUUUUCAACCUGAGUAAAUAUUUAUUAAGGACAGUAUCGAUCGCUGACAGGUACACAGUGCCCUCAUGCACACGUUACCAAUAUUAAUUAUUUGACUACAGAGUAACAUGCUUUAAAUUUAUGCUUGGUACCGGCAGGUGCUUGCUAUCGUAUUUCGGCAGACUUAAGUUGUGCAGUGUUUUUUCUGUUUGUUUUUUGCGCCUUUUUUGUUUUCCUGCUGUUUUAAUUUUUGUCAUGAGAUCACAGACCUCAAGGACAGUUACAUUGUCCAAACAGGGCUCUCGGGGUUUUUGUGUGCGUGUGUUUGAAGACAAUCGGAUUUCUGUUUACGGAGUGAAAGUAGGAAGUGAGGGUCGGGAUGGAGAAAUUUCCUUCCGCUGACAUGAUAAGGAGGUCGCUGUUCUGCAUUAGACUGUCAUGUUGUCUUGAAGGACUUGCUGUCGCUGCUUGAACAAAAAGAACAAAAAAGAAAUUAUCAGAAUGAAGGCGGAGAUGAAAAGUGCUGAGUUUCUGAUAGAGAUGUUCUUAUCUGCCUGACACAUCGAAACAACAUCGUCUAGUGGACACCUCCUGACACUGAGAAGACGGGGCACUGCUGAGGGUGGGGUGGGAAAGGGUAAACAGUGACAUCAGUUAGCGUGAGGGUUGAUUCCCUUUGUUGACAAACACCCGUGGUCCCUUGGUCCAUGGAAAAUACUAUUGUCUUCUCAUGCUGGAGUAGCGAGAAAAAACAAACUUUUCUUUACGUGUAUAGUCAUGCAAUAAUUUGUGCGCAGCAUUCAAAAAAAAAUUUUUUGGAGGAGGGUGGGAGGAAGAGAUUUGGCAUUUGUUUCCUUCUGUUUCUUUCUUCUUUUUUUAAAUGGGUUCUUUCUUUUAGGGAAGAUGAUUUUUUUUUCCCUUAAGUGUUGUAAAAUAUGUUGAAAUCAUCAAGUAGUGUUGUCGAAAGAUGAUUUUCUGUGCUUUAGUUUUCAGAUUCAACUUCGAAUUGGACUGAUUACAUGUAGGGGAAAACGUGCCUGUGUGAGAAAUCUCUGUAUAUAUGUAUUAAACUGUACUUUCAUUCCCCCACAACCCCCCUUCCCAUUUUGUUUUCGUCCAGCGAUGACGAAUAGGCUACAACUGUUUUUGUGCUGCUUUUGCGGAACCAGAAAAAGUGUGUGUACAUAUACCCUCUGGCCGAGAGACGACUGUACCUCUAUAUUCGUGCUUUGGUUUUCAAGUGCCUUGCGAACGAGGGGCCUUCACUCCAAGAAAAAAAAAAUAAAAGAAGAAGAAAGAAACCCUGACGCCUUCUCACCUGCAAGUGACAUUAACCUUUCAGAUGCAAGAAAGGCUAUCGGACGCCUUCAUAUCUGUAGUGGAAAUGUGCUUCAACUGCAUGCCAGGUUAUCUUUGAUCCGAGCUUCACUUUUUGUUUUGUGUCUGUUUUGUUAUCAUCAGUAGGUGAGCAACAAACAAUACAGACACCUGCAUAAAGUCGUUUCCAUAAUAAAAAAUAUUAUACCUUUUUUUUUGACGACAGAUUCACCCUUGCAGCAUAAGAUCGUCGAAUAUAUUUUGUUUUGACUUUAGCAUAGCAAUUGUUAAUGUAUUUGGCGCAAUAUUUUUUUUAUAUAUAACGUGUGAGUUUGUGUAAAUGUUACUUUGGACGAGUUUGAGGAAUCCAACAAAAGUACUAGUCUUUAAAAAGCUGUCGUAGGAUUUGUAAUGUCGAACGAAAGAGAAACGGAUUGUUGCUAAUUUGGUUGAUGAAGUUUGCUUGCGUUGCUUCCUGUGGGUGUCGUCUCAGUUUAAAGAACUAGAGAGAUUGUAGCAUUUUGUUGUGUUUUUCCCCUUUAUGGAUUUUUCCUUAUGUAUUCAUUGGUUCAUUUAUUUUCAUUCGGACAGAACAGCUACAGUGCAGUAUGCUUCAUGAGUGCCUUGCGAUUUUUGUUUUUUUCGAAGACGAGGACAGACGAGUGUGAUACACCGUUAAACAAAAGACAUAAAGUGUGGUCGAUGAGGAUUUUGCUUUUGUGGUUGUUUGUUUAAACUGGCUCUGCACUUAGUUGACCCUCAUCUAAACAGAAGAAAACUGACUCAGUGCCUCGCUUUCAACACUGUUCAUCAGCUAUGGGCUGACUGCUUCCUAUUCUUGUGGUCGCGCUUUGAACCAGAAAUGUUAAAUUGCCAGUGACAAAGACUGUCGUAUUUUGUUUUUGUUUAAUAGGGAUUGUGGUUUCAAGGAGAAUGUGUGUGUGUGAGAGAGAGAGAAAGACAGCCGACAGUCUUGAAAGACAGGCAGCACCUUUAGCAGUGUAAUAUGAGAACCCCUCCCGGCAUCGCUGUCGAUUCCCUCCACCCCUUGGUCUCCUACUUCCCUUUACCAAACUCUCUUCAACUUGGCACCACAGACUGUGGACCAGUUUCAUGUGCCGAUGGCUGCGGGUGCUACCCUGAAACAGGGAUUUUCUUCCUCCCCACCCCCACCAUUCUGUUUGCUCUGACUUGUGUGCAGGAAUCUUCAAGUACUCACAGGUCUGUUGUUUAUGUAAGUGUACAGGCAGAGUUCUUGAAAUGAUGAUGUUAGUGAACCACACAUUUCCCCACCCAGAUAAGGACGCUCGGAUUUUGUGAAAGGUGGAGGGAUGCAUUUCCCUGCGCUCCUGAGUUAAGAAAAAAUAUUGUUCUCUAUUCUUUCACACCUUUCGCAGCUCGUCCGAGGCUGUUGCUUUCCCCGAGACAUUAGGUCCGAGCUACAAGGGGAGCCUGUUCCUUUUUUAGCUGGUGGAAAGCUGGCUGCCCAGAAUCUGCACACGUCUUCGGCAAGCCACCACAAUGUACAUGUACAAUGUAAAUAUAACGAUAGGACGAAGUCAUCGUCACCAUCAUCAUCACCAUCAUCAUCAUCACCAUCAUCAUCAUCACGUCAUCGGGGCUGGAACGUUCUAGUCAUAAUUAGCCCCACCCUCCUUAGCUCCUACCAACUCUGCUUACAUGCGUAGACAGAGAGAAAGAGUGUGUCUGUGUGUUUGGUGCAUGCCUGUGUUUUUUUUAUCCUUGCGCAUUAUGUAAGUAUGUAUAGUUCUUAAUUUUAAAGUAUAUUUGUCCAUGAGAUGUUUGUGCGCGCGCACUUUGUAACCACCGUUCGUUAGGCGCCCUACAGACAUUGUGCAGCUGGUGGUGGGUGAUGGGGGAGAAUGGAGUGGGUGUCUUACCUCCUGUGAUGGCUGUAGCAGCUGUUUUGUCACCGGUGCAUAUUGCUUUAAGGCUGGAACAUGCAAUUGUUUCUCCCGUCCUCUACACCUAACAACAUUUCUUUUUAAAAAACAGGGGCUGGGAAUUCAAACGAUAAUAAUGAGUUGUUUCAGACCUUUGCGGGCUGGUAGUUUUUUUUUCAAUUAUUAUUUUCAAUCGCAAUCAGCUGUUGGUGUAAGACAUGAUGUCUUUCUCAGAACCUCCUCUCCUUGAAUGUCCAGCGAUGGCCAUCGUAUGAACUCUUCCAUGCGUAGGAUGUUUAUGCUAAGAUGCUUUGCUGGCCUUGUUUGCAGUAGGAUCACACUGACUAGAGUAUUGCUAUCGUGUGAAGGUUUUGUGAAUACAAUAAGUUGUGUAAGAUACGGCAUUCAGGUUGACAUAUUUUAGUGGAGGGAGGGAGAGUUGGUCUUUAAUGCUUUGAAGAUUUUUCUAAAGACUUAUUAUGGGCUUCUUUAACUUUCUAAGGAUGUAUUCAUUUUUCUCUUUUUUUGAGGUGUAGUUAAAGCACCGAAAAACUGAAAGGAGUGGAGAUUAUUCAAUUGUCUUUGAAUUCACAUGUGAAUUCACCAAGUUUCUGUACCUUUUUCUAUUUCAGACUAAAAACAACAAAAAUCUCGAAGAUGAUGAGUACUCAACAAUUUGUCAGCUAUAUAAAAUAUUUAGCAAUAUUUUCUUUUUCGCCUACGCUGGAAGAAGAAGACUAAACCUAUCUGCUUCAUUCUCUGGCCACAUUACAAUCACUUCAGUUAAUGGGCUUUUUUCUGUCUCUGUCUCUCUCUGUCUCAUCAUUUGCAAGAGAUUUGCGUCUUUCUUGUGAGUUGUGCUUCCAUAAACACGAUUUCCUUCAACGCCUCUCAAGUUUUUGUUUAAUAAAUGUUCUGUUGUAUCUCGUCUCAUGAGAAUAACCCCUUUUCCCCCCAGAACAAAAAGAAUAAAUAAAAAGGGCGAGCUUAUCUUUCUGAGAUUUAUGUAACAACGAGUGCGGUCUCCACUCCUGCGAUAUUCCUUCUCGACAUAUGCCACCAAACAAAGGAAGCCGUUGUAAAAUGAAAGAUGUUAUGAACUGUGCACUUACUGUUAAACAUGCUUCAGUGUCAAACUUUAAAAUGAUUUGUCGAGCGCAGUCACGUGUUCCACAUCGCGAGUCUAGCGAAGGAUAUUCUUAACCGGACGAAUGUGUGUGCGAGCCUUUGACCAAGUUCCGCAAAGUUUUGAUGUAACCGUCGUGUAAAAGCUUUAAAGAGGCCCUUGAGACACAAGGGGUGCUUGCACUCGGAUAGGUCAGCCUUAGUGUUGACACGGUCAUGCCCUAGGAUCAUGUGUAAUGUACAUGCUACCUCAUGAAACAUUUGAUUUCCACGCGGGUUUCUCCUCUCCCCCUCCCCUUCUCUCUCCCCUUCCUUUAAUCUGCCCAAAUCUGUUCAGUUCAAGGAGGCUUGCACAUUUAUAGAUAUGUCCGUUAACUAGUUUUUUUCGCUGAUUUACUGCUCAGAGGUUACUACUAUCCGUGAUGGUCGUCCCGUCUUCACUGCUCACUGUGAUGGGCACAUAGCUUCCCUCUGUCUCAGCAUAGCGCUCUCUUGACCCACCCGUUCACCAAUGUACCUCUUUCUCUCUUUUGCUUUCUCUCUCAGCUCCUGUCCUGUCACUUUGCCCAGCCUGUUAAAUAUUGUGUUUACAUUCAGCCGAGCUAGUGCCGGCCGCACUUGCCCAACAGCUCAUUGAACCGUCUGUGUAGUGUUUGUUACUCCUUAUGCGAACCCGAGUUGUUCUGUCGCCAUACUGUUUUGGACCAUAAUUGUGGGUGUGUACCUGAAUUUAUACACUUAUCUGUUUGACUUAAUUCCUCCCCCACUCCACACAGAAAGUUCUGCUUUUAUUGAAGUUUUAUGAAGGUAUGGGUACAGCCUGUGUUUAUUUAUCUUUAUUUUUGUGUUAGUUUGAAAGUUCGUCUUUUCUCGUCACGAUGGCGAGACUAAGGGUCGAGUAGUAUCGUGUGCAGAACGAAAGUACCAGCGGUAGCGGAAUGGCUUUCAAACCCGGAGAUCUUGUAACAAACAUUUGUACCUGUGAUCGCCGCUACUUACAGUUUCUAAUCCCUUUAAAGUGGCGAGGUACACUCGACAAGUCCUCGAUAACGGAGAACGAGUGUGACCUCCAGGGAGCAUUCAGUUGACUAUGGUCGAUCACCGGAAUUGUCGUUCACAAUGCAAAUUCUUGUCUACAGUUGAAUACAAUUGCAGUUGCCUGAAAUGCAUGUCGAAUUCUUCGGCGACGGAAGUAUAGACCUUAGCAUACGUAACUGUUGUGUUUCGUGAUGAGGCACAUCCUUCUUGGUGAAACAGAUCCAUACCUCGCCAGACAGUGGGGAAUUAUGUACAUCUGAUUAACUUUUUCCAUGUAUCUUACAAAACUCUGGGACUUGAGAGGGGAUGGGUGUUUAUGACCGAGGAGGCCGUGCCGUUGCAUAGUGGCGAAUUUAACUUGGGGUGCAUCAGUUCAUGAGUUCAGGUCGUGCCAUUGUCUCGAUGCAACGGAAACAACAACAGCAACGACAGGGCAAGGCAAGGGGUCCUCUGUGUGAUGUUACUUGCAGUUUGUCGCUAUUCUUUCUCUUUAAUUCAUCUCUUUCAGUAUCCUUUUGUUUAAUCUUCUGCACAUUUCUGCUACCCAGUAAUGAUUGGCUACAAUGUUUCCCAUAAGAAAAGGGCCUUCAUUACCCAGCACAUUAUAUCGAAUAUGUCAGUGUCUGACAAACAGUUUGACAAACGACCACUCUGAUAAAUAAACAAACCCGAAAUACCAAGCAUAGUCAUAUAUUGCAUAGUAUGUGUCUGGUCAAGAAAACCCUUUAGCCAACCAAGUCUCUGCUCACGAAGGUAAUUCUCGUUUACAAAUUAUCCUGUCCCUCUAGUGGGUGAUUAUGACUGUAUCGAGUUAAUAAUAUUUGUGAAUUUGUUUAAACUCCAUUGCGUUUUGAGCAGUGCGUGAGUAUAAGACGAUACUGUAUAUCAUAGUAAGUAAGGUUGACGAUGUAGUCUGCCGUUGUUGGUGUGGAAGGUAUUUUGCUUGUAACAGUUUGUGUGUAUGUGUGUGUGUGUUAUCAGACACAUUCACAUUGCGUGAUUGUCACUUCUGUCACUUCGCAAUACCCAGAUGUCCAGAUUUUUAAUGUGUAUGUGUGCGUGCGUGCGUGAGUGUGGGAUUUAUACAUAGAGAGCGCUUUAGCCAACUGUGCGUGCGUGCAUGCCUGCUCACUCGCUCUUUGAGAGGGAUUUCCAUGUUCACAUAUGCGUGUGCGUGCGUGUUAGUGAACAGUAAUACGAUCAAUAAGUGCAUAUUAAAAUUAACUGUAGAUUUUUUUUUUCAGGCAGGGGUUGCCAAGUGUACAUUUAACGACUACCCCGCUCCACCACUCUCCCCUCUGUACGACGUAAUAUUUAUUGUAUGUAGACGGCUUGUCUGGUUUCACAAAAAUAAAUUGAUGAAAUAUUUUCAAUCA